AGAAACAGAAAAAGAACUUUGAAAAAAUAGAAUCAAGCCGAAUCUUCGGACAUCCAUCCGAAAUUGGUUUUGGUCUUCCAUUAGGGCAGAACUGCCUUCCCUUUUUUCAAUUACUACCUUCACUUACAUUCGCGCUUCCCUAAAGUUUCAGAGGGUUUUGGUCUCUCGACGAAGAAGAAGAAACGAUGAAUAUGGACGGGCCUCUUGAUUUCGAGAACGAAGAUCCUCUUGUUAACCCUCCACCAUCUGCUGAGAAAAGGAAGAAAGUGAUUGAGUUAGAUGAUCUUGUCUCCGAUUUCUACAAAGAGAAGAGCAAACUCAUAGACAAACGAAACAGGAAACGCAAAGCCUCCUCUAAGCUUUACGAUUCUGAUGAUGAUGAUGACAAACAUGGCCAACAAACUUUGCUCUCCAUUGUUGAUAACUGUCGUAAUCAGAUGAAUGAGAUAUGCAGCGAAGAAGAUAUCCAAGAGUGGGGUUUAUCUAUGUUUGGAGAUCAGAGAGCUCCAACGCAUUCACUGCUUGCUGAUCUCGACAACUGCUACUUGUUGAAAGAGUUUAUGAGUAGUCAGCUAAACUCGGUGGUCGAUCUUAAUCCAGAUAACGGAACCGCAUUUCUUGAGGGGUUACUGGUUAACGGCUGGCUCACAAAACUGAUCUUGACGUGUGCACGUGUGGAAACAAUCAUAUGCAAAUGGUCGCUUGAUAUGUUGUUGUAUUCACCAAAAGAAGACCUAAGGUCUUCUGCUUGUGACUUCUGGUGUUCCAUACUCUUAUCACAUAACGAGGUUAAUGGAGCUCCUGUUGAGAUCCAAUGGCUUCCUAACUAUCAGAUAAUUAAAGAAGCUCUUGAAUCAUAUGGGUUCAGAACUAAUUCAUCACAAAAUGCUGAACUACCUGAAGCAGAUUCCAAGUCUCAAGGUCCUCCUCAGAAUAUCAGAGCUUGGCUCAAAUUCGUCUCUGCUUGCUGUCAGAUUAGGUGUAAAAGGUCUAUUUUCAACGCAUCUCAACUUGAACAAAUAGCCGGAAUCCUUGUUUGGCUGCUCUUAGAUCGCGGUCUUCAAGGUCUUUCGCUUCUCCUACAAGAAUGCUUGAUAUCUGUUACUGAAUCCUUCAAAGAUGGAGAGUGGGUUUCAAGCUGCAAGAACAUAGCAAACUCUCUUGCUUCCAGAGUAGCUCAAGACAUGAACUGUUUGAGGAUAGUGGAAUCUGUAUCAGGUGUUGAUGCUCGAAGCAAGCGUUUGAGAAGUACCAUCGCCAAUCAAAUGCUUGUUGUUUUACUUGAUCAUAAGGAGAGCGACGAGAAUCUGAUGAGCUCGCUGAUGUCUAUCAAUCUGAAGGAGAAGAGUUGCAACCUUUUCAGAACGUACAUGCUGUUGGUUUUGGCAGAGAACUGGCUCUUGUCCAGUAAACUGGUUGAGGAGAAGCCAGUUUUGAGAGACAUGUGGGCUGUGUUUCUCAGAAACUGUUUCAGUCAGAUCAAUAGCACCGAUCUUCGGCCUUUUGCAUCAAAGGUUCGUACUAAAGCCUCGUAUCUUCUUCAAGGAUGCAGAAGCGAUUGAAGUGGUAAAACCUGUAACGUUAGCACUUACCAGCAAGUCUCCAAAGUGAAAUUUAGUUAGUGUUAGGUUUUGGUUUUUAGCUUUAGUUUAACUCUUUUAACACUGAAAGAAACUAAAUUGUAGAACCCUCUAUUAAGCUUUCUUUUUUGCCCAUGUCUUGGGGGUAGGAGAAAAAUCUACCCUUGUGUCAUUGAUGAAUUUGGGUUAUGUUACCAAAUCUAAUACUACAAACUCAUUGAGUGGUACUACUGUUGUAAGUUUAUUAUGUUAGCUGAUAGUCGUCUAAUGAAUAUUUUAAGUGCUAA